AAAGAAAUACCAAUUUUAAAUUUUAGUACAUUGACGGUACUCUGAGGGUGAGGCGUGGACUUUACAUCCACUCUCUCUUGUAGACUGAAACACGCAGAAUUCAGUGCGUAGAAAUGGUGGAUUCGAAGGUGGAGACCAUUUCAAGACUUGCUCAAUGGAAGAUCGAGAAUUUCGGGACAACCACCACUUACAAAAGAUCCGACCCCUUCAAAAUCGGCAUGUGGAACUGGCAAUUAUCAGUAGAGAAGAAUCGAUACAUGUAUAUACGGCUUUUUCCGGAGCCGUCGCGGCUGUCGAAGGAGCAGCCUCCCUUGGCGCGGUUCGUCUUACGGGUCACCACCUCUGGCUCCAAUCGAAGACCCUAUAUAUCUCCAAUUCAUGAGAGGUUGCUUCGAACAAGUGAUGACUUUGCCUGGCCUGUUGAAUCUACCUUUCACGGUCGAUUUGUCAUUGACGUUGAGUUUCUGGACUUGAAGAUCUACCCUCUAAAUGGUGGAGAAGGCAGUUCUAUAUGGCCGAGUGAUGGUAUGAUGCAAUAUCUAGCAACUCAAAGCACUCUCAGAUGCCUCUCUCGCAUGCUUGACGAGUCUAUCCAUGCUGAUGUCACCAUUAACACAGCUGAUGGAACGCUGCAAGCCCACAAGGCCAUUCUUUCUGCAAGCUCUCCAGUGUUCUGCAGCAUGUUCUUGCACGACCUCAAAGAGAAAGAAUCCUCGACAAUCAACAUAGAAGAUAUGUCAACAGAGUCGUGCAUGGCCCUUCUCACUUACUUAUACGGGACGAUAAACCAAAAAGAUUUCUGGAAGCACCGAUUGGCUUUGCUGGGCGCGGCAAACAAGUAUGACAUUGUAGACUUGAAGGAUGCUUGUGAGGAGAGUCUUCUAGAAGAUAUUAACUCGGGAAAUGUCCUUGAGAGGUUGCAAGAGGCUUGGCUUUACCAGCUUAAUAAACUGAAAGGCAGCUGCUUGAUGUACUUGUUCGAUUUUGAGAAGAUUUAUGAUGUUCGGGAUGAAAUGAGCGAUUUCUUCAGGCAGGCAGACAGAGAACUGGUUGUCGAGAUGUUUCAUGAAGUGCUCGCAGUUUGGAAACCAGCAUAAAUCACCGCUCCAAAGGUUUUACCUGGUAUAAACAACAUAUGUUGUCGUACAAUGUGCUAGAGUUGUAGUCGCAUUCAAUGUAUAGUAUUAUUGACGAUGUGUGUGGUGUGUUGCAUUGCGAAAACUCGGGUUAUGUAAAAGAACAAUUAUGUUACAUGUAUAGGGAUUUUUGUCAGACAAUCUGACAUUUCCAAAUGGCACAAUUUCAGUGUUGUUUGGACAAAAAAAACUUCAAACCAGCCAAUCCCGAGUUGUCACUUCAUUAUCUGUAAAAAUUCUUGUACAUUUCUUCCGUACAAGAAGCUUCAUAAAAGAGUGUUUUGUGCAAAUACAUAAUUUUGAAUUGUGCUUGCUUAAUGAAGCGUGAUUCAAAUUCAA